AGCUGGAGCAAAAUGUGUCCCGGCGUGAGCGAGGCCCCGGCGCUCUACGGCCGUGGCUUCCUGACCAUCGAGCAGAUCGCCACGCCGCCACCGCCGGCCGUCAUGGACUACAUCUUCCUGCUCCUGUGUCUGUGUGGCCUGGUGGGCAACGGGCUGGUCCUGUGGUUUUUCGGCUUCUCCAUCAAGAGGAGCCCCUUCUCUGUCUACUUCCUGCACCUGGCCGGUGCUGACGCCGGCUACCUCUGCAGCAAGGCCGUGCUCUCCGUCCUGAACACGGGCGGCUUCCUGGGCACGUUCGCCGCCUACGUCCGCGCCGUGUGCAGGGUCGCGGGGCUCUGCAUGUUUGUCGCCGGCGUGAGCCUCCUGCCGGCCAUCAGCUCGGAGCGCUGCCUGUCGGUCGUCUUCCCCGCCUGGUUCUGGCGCCGUCGGCCCAAGCGCCUGUCGGCCGUGGCGUGCGCCCUGCUCUGGGCCCUGUCGCUCCUGGUCACCACCGUCCACAACUACUUCUGCGUGUUCCUGGGCCACCGAGCGUCCGGCGUGGGCUGCAUGCACAUGGACGCCUUCCUGGGCAUCCUGCUUUUCCUGGUCUUCUGCCCGCUCAUGGUGCUGCCCUGCCUGGUGCUCAUCCUGCACACGGAGUGCAGGGCCCGGAGGCGCCAGCGCUCCGCGAAGCUCAGCCACGUCGUCCUGGCCAUGGUUUCGGUGUUCCUCGUGUCCUCCAUCUACCUGGGGGUCGACUGGUUCCUCUUUUGGGUCUUCCAGAUCCCGGCCCCCUUCCCCGAGUAUGUCACCGACCUGUGCAUCUGCAUCAACAGCAGCGCCAAGCCGGUCGUGUACUUCCUGGCCGGGAGGGACAAGUCACAGCGGCUGUGGGAGCCUCUCAGGGUGGUCUUCCAGCGGGCCCUGCGAGACGGCGCCGAGCUGGGGGAGGCCGGGGGCGGCACGCCCAACACGGUCACCAUGGAGAUGCAGUGCCCCUCUGGGAACGCCUCCUGA